AUAGAAGCUCUAGAAAGGAAAGAUGACACACCAAAUGAUAAGCUGCUGAUAUCAUUGGAAAAGCAAUUGAAUAUUGAAAUGAAGGUAAAAAAUGGCGCCGAGAAUAUGAUCCAAUCAAUAAGCGGUGCGCAUCAUGGACGUGAUAAAAAAUUAUUAGCAGAAGCUCAACAGAUGUUAGCCGAUUCAAAAGCAAAAAUAGAAUUUUUGAAGUUACGGAUAUUAAAAGUACGUCGCAACGGUCAAUCCAGCAAAGUAACUGAUGAAAACGGUGAUAGUAGUGGUCGCGAGUUGGAAACAUCACUUGAGGAGCGUAUAGAGGAGCUUUUACAUCGUUUACGAAUCGAAGCAGCUGUUGUCGCUGGUGCCAAAAAUGUGAUACGUAUCCUACAAAAUAAUAAAGUACCCGACAAAAAAGCACUUCAGGAGGCUCAAGAACGAUUAUCUGAAUCGUCGCGGAAAUUGGAUUUGCUGCGUUAUGCGCUGGAAAUGCGACGUCAAGAUUUCCCACCAGAUUCAACCGUUGGUCAGCAAUUGAAACGUGAAUUGCAAAAUGUUCAGGCUUCAAGUCCAGUUCCGGUUGCAUAUACAUCGUUGCAACCAUUUCGGGUUGGUAUUGAGGGCAAGCAAUUUCCAAGCGUGUCAACAAUGGGCCGUUGUGCAUCAAUCACCGGCAAACUGGAAGUAAGACUGAUGGGUUGUCAAGACCUGUUGGAAGAAGUACCCGGACGAUCCCGUCGCGAUAAAGACAACAGUUCGAGUCCCGGCGACUUACGUAGCUUUGUAAAAGGUGUAACCAGUCGUAGUUCAUCGAAAAGUUACAGUGUUAAAGAUGAAACAUCAUCCGAAAUAAUGGCCGUCAUAAAAUUGGAUAAUAUAACAGUGGCACAAACAUCAUGGAAACCAUGUUCACAACAGGCUUGGGAUCAGCGUUUUUCCAUCGACUUGGAUCGAUCACGUGAAUUGGAAAUUGGCAUCUAUUGGCGUGAUUGGCGUUCAUUGUGCGCCGUAAAAUUUUUGCGACUCGAAGAAUUCAUCGAUGACAUUCGACAUGGUAUGGCAUUGCAGCUUGAACCAAAAGGCCUUUUAUUUGCCGAAAUUAAAUUCUUGAAUCCAAUGAUCUCACGAAAACCAAAAUUACAACGGCAACGCAUGAUUUUCAACAAGACACAAGUGAAAAAUAUGCCACGCGCAAAACAAAUGAAUAUUAAUGUGGCUACAUGGGGUCGACUCUUAAAACGGAACACACCAUCGAUACAAAGUCAACCAAGAGGCAAUGAGUCCCAAUCAGCUGUUAGUUCGGCAUCAACACCAACUGAAAUGCCACCAUCAACAAUUCAACCAUUACAAUUAGUUUUCGAGACAUCACCAGAAGAUAUGGAGCCAGUGUUCACGGUCGGUGAAGAUCCUGAUAUAAAUAUUGCUGGUUUAAGUGGUGCAAGACCAUUGGGUAUGCAUGGCGUAACCGCUCUACCACCAGACAGUCCUCAAGUAGCACCACCACAACUACCACAACACAAACCAAGUCCAAAUAACAAUGUUUUACCACCGAAACCAGCACAUUUAGCAGCACAGGCGGCAGCAGCUAGUAGUUUUAGACAAAAGAAACCUCCGAUGCCUUCACCUCCACUCUCAUCGCCACCAACAUCAAAAGUCGAUCAAGAGCGCGCUCAACAAACGAUAAUACCAACAACACCACCGAUUCCGCAGCAACGACCUCAAAUCGUAUUCUCUUCUGAAGUGUAUCAUCGUCCAGUGUUAUCGUUGCCACCGGUUGUUCUAAUGGGAGGAGAUAAUAGUCAAUGCUAUACCAGCAGUCAUAAUCGUAACUCGUGUGGCCCAUUGCAUAUAUCAAUGCCAAGUCCAAUUGUUGAAAUGCCUCCAUCGCCAGCUCCUAAUACAUUGAUGUAUGUCGAAUUUCCGGACGAUGAAGUCGAUGAUGUUAAAAUUAUAGACGUGCAUAAUAUCGUCGAGAUCGUUCAAACGUUCGACAAUUUGAACUUAAAUAAUAAUGCUCAGUAUGUGUCGCCUCCAAUAGUACAGCAACCACAAACACCACAAUAUACUACGCAACAACAGUUGUACCCACAAUUGCCAAGUACCGUCGAUAUUCCAGCGACAAUUCCAAGCCAAGUGGCUGCCACACAAAAUCGACGUCCCCAAGUCGCUCGUAAUCUACAAUACAAAGACAAUGCAUUCGAAACACAACAACAACGCCAACAGCCAACCGUACAACAAAGUGGCUUUACCAUUGACCAAUUUCGAUUGCUUAGUGUUUUGGGCCGAGGUCAUUUCGGCAAAGUUAUUUUGUCACAAUACAAAAAAACUGGCGAAUACUUUGCAAUUAAAGCACUUAAAAAGGGCGAUAUUAUUGUACGGGACGAAGUUGAGUCGUUGCUGAGCGAAAAACGAAUUUUCGAAGUUGCCAACACAAUGCGUCAUCCAUUUUUAGUCAAUUUAUUUGCAUGCUUCCAAACAGAGCAACACGUGUGUUUCGUCAUGGAGUAUGCGGCCGGUGGCGAUUUAAUGAUGCACAUCCAUACCGAUGUAUUUAAUGAACCUCGUGCAGUAUUUUAUGCAGCAUGCGUUGUGCUUGGUCUUCAAUAUUUGCACGAAAGUCGAAUUAUCUACCGUGAUUUGAAGCUUGAUAAUUUGCUAUUAGAUACUGAGGGAUAUGUUAAAAUUGCCGAUUUUGGUUUGUGCAAAGAGGGAAUGGGCUAUGGCGAUCGAACUGGCACAUUCUGUGGUACACCCGAAUUUUUGGCACCAGAAGUGCUUACCGAAACAUCCUAUACACGAGCUGUCGAUUGGUGGGGUCUUGGCGUACUCAUUUUUGAAAUGCUUGUCGGAGAGUCACCAUUCCCUGGAGACGAUGAAGAAGAAGUCUUCGAUUCAAUUGUUAAUGAUGAAGUUCGAUAUCCACGAUUUUUGUCAUUAGAAGCCAUUGCUAUAAUGCGUCGAUUACUCCGUAAGAAUCCAGAGCGAAGACUUGGCUCAUCUGAACGCGAUGCUGAAGAUGUAAAGAAACAAGCAUUCUUUAGGCACAUUCUAUGGGACGAUUUACUAUUGAGAAAAGUUAAACCGCCAUUCGUGCCAACAAUUCGACACAUGGAAGAUGUUUCAAACUUUGAUGAAGAGUUUACAUCGGAGAAACCGCAAUUAACGCCGCCAAAAGAGCCACGUCAUAUGACCGAUGAAGAGCAGGGAUACUUCAAAGAGUUCACUUAUACGGCAGAUUGGUGUUAGCAAUGUUUAAUUUCCUUGAAGAGGCAAAAUAAUGGCAACACGAAUUCUUUACGAAAUUUGACUUGGUUCAACAAUACAUAUUCAAGAAAAUUGAUUAUAUAGUUAAAAAUUAGUAUUUAUUUAUUUUUUAAUAUAUAUAUAUAUGCAAAAUAAAAAGCGCUCAGAAUGAAUGUUUCAACAAAUAAAUAAGCAAAAUAGACAAUCGUUGUACGGUUGCAAUCAGUUGUCAAUUACAAAUUGAUAUUCGGACUGACAAACGACUGAUUAACGAUGGUGGAAUUUAAAAUCGAUUGAGAGAAUAAUGUGGGAGGUCGACAGAGAAAUAUAUUCAUACACGUUCGUUUGGAGAAAAUGGCUUAGUAAGAGCCGGCGGCAAUGCAGAGAUCAAAAUCCACAAAUACAUAGGCAGCAAAUAAAAUAAGAGCAGCUAAUAAUGAUAGAUUUUAGUACUAUAAUCUUAAAUGCGAAAUGGAAUUGAUGCGGAACAAUUAUUGUGAAUGCAAAAGAAUACGAAGAGAUACAUAUUUUUUAUUGAAAUAUACCAAUCAAACAAAAUUAGUGCCCGAACACAUAGAAUGUUUUGUGAUUAUUUUUUAUGUGUUUUUUUUCUCGUUAUGUGCCUGAAGCAGCGGAAGAGCACACAACAUCGCAUCAUUUUGUCAUUCAUGUUAUUUGAUAAUUCAAUUGUAAAAAAAAAAUAUAUUUAUAUUAACAGAGAAGAGAAAACAACAACAACAUAGAAAAUUAACUAAGAGAUAUUAGAUUCAUGAUAUAAGAUUUCAUAAAUGUUACAAUGUGUCUUUUUUUUGGAAAUGGAAAAUAUUGAAUUGAUCAUCAACAAACAAAACACAAUACGUUUUUUGCUGAUUUUGUUUCUCAAACACAAUUGUAACACGUUCGCUACUCAUUAGAAAAUUUGAAUUACUUAAGAAACAACAAAAUAAUUAUAUACAAAUGCGUGCUAGAUUUUGUAGACAGUAAAUUUGUCAAAAACAUUUAUUUAAAAAAAAAGAUUACACAUUUUUUUGCUCUAGUAAAUUUGGUUAGAUUUAAAUGAAAAAAAGGAAACAAGUAAACAAAUAAACAAAUAGAAAAUAAGAGUAUUUUUUCGCCCAAUUUAUUCUUAGAAAAUUUACACCAAGAUAUCGGUAUGCAGAGAAACACUAAAUAGUAAGCUUCCUAGAAAUUUCUUAUCACCGACGCAAAAAUUUAACAACAUUUUGAUAUUAUUUUAUUUUCCAAAAAAAUUUGGAAACUGUUCAAUUCUAUUGAAUGAAAAGGCCAAUCUUCAUUUCUUUCUUUUAAACAAAAUAAAAAAUACACUGUCUUCUCGAUAUUUAAGUUGUUGGUCAUAAUAUAAAUCUUCCACGGUUUCAAAUUGAACGAGAUUUAUAUAGAAUUAUUACAGUGUAUUUAACACAUUAAAUAAAAGAAAAACCACACUGAAUCAAA